UGUGACGCGAAAAUACACAGCGAAUUACAAAUUCUCACCGGGUUCUCGAAGUCUCUGAUUAAUUCCAAAAGUACGAUGUCUGGGUCCAAUAUCAUAUGUGCGACCACACUUAUUCGAGGUAUGGAGCAGGAAGUUUCCCUUCUUCGGGCGGAAAUAGAAAAAUCGCGGCAGGGUCUUGGGAUUGAAGACUCUAACCCUGAGCUAAAGAAGCUGAUGGAAGAAAAUACUAAGUUGCGACAUCGGCUGGCAAUUUUGCACAGGGCAUGUGCUAAUCUGGAAACUCCUAAUAACUCUGCCAAAUUAAGUCAUAGCGGAUCAAUCAUUGGAGAUCUGCAGCAAGUUUUCAUGGGAGCGAUUCGAAAGGCAUACCCCGAUUUAAAUGUACCUUGUGUGAUAGCAAUAUCCUCCAUGGCCAAGUUUGGAGAUUAUCAAUGCAAUAGCGCUAUGAAUGUAGUGCAACAAUUAAAGCAGCAGUCGGUUAAGACGACGCCUCGCGAAGUUGCAGAAAAAAUCGUUUGUGCUUUAACCAACCAUGAAGCAUUGAUCGGAAAAGUAGAAGUUGCUCCGAGUGGUUUUAUUAACAUUUUCCUAUCCAAGGAUUACGUGGAACACGGCAUUAUAAACCUUCUGAAAAAUGGCAUUAAUCCUCCAACGUUGAAAAGACAGCGGGUUAUUGUAGAUUUUUCUUCGCCCAAUAUCGCAAAAGAAAUGCACGUUGGGCAUUUACGUUCCACAAUAAUAGGGGAUUCUAUUUGCAGAUUUCUUGAGUUUUUGGGAUACGACGUACUGCGAAUCAAUCAUAUCGGAGACUGGGGAACACAGUUUGGUAUGCUGAUCGCUCAUUUGCAGGACAAGUUUCCCAAUUUUCAGACAGAAUCUCCUCCAAUUGGCGAUUUACAAUCUUUCUAUAAAGAGUCGAAGGUGCGCUUUGACAACGAUGAAGCGUUUAAGAAGCGAGCUUACGAAUGCGUAGUGAAGUUGCAGAAUGGAGAGAAUAGUUACUUGAAAGCGUGGAACCGUAUUUGUGACGUUUCGCGUAGAGAAUUUCAAAACAUUUAUGAUCGUUUAGACGUGAAAUUAUGCGAACGAGGCGAAUCUUUUUACCAAAGCCGCAUGGUCGCAAUUGUUGAUGAAUUAAAACGGGGAAACUUUUUGGAAGAGGACGAUGGUCGUCUCAUCAUGUGGGGUACUGAUCAGAAAGGUAUUCCGCUGACGGUGGUCAAAUCCGAUGGAGGGUUUACCUAUGACACAUCGGAUAUGGCCGCUAUAAAGCAACGGAUAGUAGAAGAAAAAGCAGACUGGUUGAUAUAUGUGACUGACGCAGGGCAGGCAACACAUUUCCAGACCGUUUUUGCGUGCGCUCAGCGAGCAAACAUUUUGGACAUGCAAAACCAUCGCGUCGACCAUGUUGGGUUCGGUGUGGUGUUGGGAGAAGACGGUAAAAAGUUCAAAACUCGUUCCGGCGAUACUGUGAAGCUUGCUGAGCUGCUUGAUGAAGGGCUUAAGCGUUCCAUGGAUAAAUUAUUGGAAAAAGAACGGCACCUUGUCCUAACCGCUGAAGAGCUUCGAGAUGCACAGGAAUCUGUCGCUUACGGAUGUAUUAAAUACGCCGACUUGUCGCAUAAUCGUAACAAUGAAUACGUAUUUUCUUUUGAUAAGAUGUUGGAAGAUAAAGGGAAUACUGCUGUAUAUUUGCUGUACGCAUAUACUCGUAUUAGGUCGAUCGCUAGAAACUGUGGUGGUGACUACGCGACUAAUAUUCAAAAAGUAAUAGACCGUGCCGUCAUAAAAUUGGAGCAUGACCGAGAGUGGAAACUUGCCAAAACUUUGCUACGUUUUGGCGAUGUAAUGUUGCUGAUAACAAAAAAUUUGUCACUGCAUUACCUGUGUGAAUUUGUGUACGAGAUUUGCACAACUUUCAGCGAGUUUUACGAUAGUUGCUAUUGCAUUAAGAAAAACAAAGAAGGUAAAAUUGUCGAAAUACAUGAGUCUAGGGUUCUACUGUGUGAAGCAACAUCACGUGUCCUAGGAAGGUGUUUCGAUAUAUUGGGCCUUAAACCGGUCGACAGAAUGUAAUACGCAUUCGUUUGGGAAGCAGCGAACUAAUAUUAGAAUGUAUGUUGAACUUGUACGCAGAUCAGAUCCUUGUUUAAGGUAUUCUGAAAAACCCGCCUGAGUAGCAUUUUGAAUAGUGUUCAAGAGUAAAGCAUUACUGAGACACAUUAAA